AUGUCACCCUCGUCAUCCUCGUCACCUUCGUCAUCCACGUCAUCCUCGUCACCUUCGUCAUCCUCGUCAUCCUCGUCAUCUUCGUCACCCUCGUCAUCCACGUCACCCUCGUCAUCCUCGUCAUCCACAUCCUCGUCAUCCACGUCAUCCACGUCAUCCUCGUCAUACACGUCACCCUCGUCACCCUCGUCACCCUCGUCAUCCACGUCACCCACGUCAUCCACGUCAUCCUCGUCAUCCUCGUCACCCUCGUCAUCCACGUCACCCUCGUCAUCCACGUCACCCUCGUCAUCCACGUCACCCACGUCACCCUCGUCAUCCACCCUCGUCACCUUCGUCAACCACGCCACCCUCGUCAUCCUCGUCAUCCUCGUCAUCCACGUCAUCCUCGUCAUCCACGUCAUCCUCGUCAUCCACGUCACCCUCGUCACCCUCGUCACCCUCGUCAUCCACGUCACCCUCGUCACCCUCGUCAUCCACGUCAUCCACGUCAUCCACGUCACCCUCGUCAUCCACGUCAUCCACGUCACCCUCGUCAUCCACGUCAUCCACGUCAUCCUCGUCACCUUCGUCAUCCACGUCAUCCUCGUCAUCCUCGUCAUCUUCGUCAUCCUCCUCAUCUUCUCAUCCUCGUCAUCCUCGUCAUCCUCGUCAUCCACGUCAUCCACGUCAUCCUCGUCAUCCUCGUCAUCCACGUCACGCUCGUCACCCUCGUCACCCUCGUCAUCCACGUCAUCCUCGUCAUCCUCGUCAUCCACGUCAUCCUCGUCAUCCACGUCACCCUCGUCAUCCACAUCAUCCACAUCAUCCUCAUCAUCCACAUCAUCCACAUCAUCCUCAUCAUCCUCGUCAUCCACGUCAUCCUCGUCAUCCACAUCAUCCUCAUCAUCCACAUCAUCCACAUCACCCUCGUCAUCCACAUCAUCCACAUCAUCCUCGUCAUCCACAUCAUCCUCAUCAUCCACGUCAUCCACGUCAUCCUCAUCAUCCACAUCAUCCUCAUCAUCUUCAUCAUCCUCAUCACCCUCAUCCUCCACAUCAUCCACAUCACCCUCAUCCUCCACAUCAUCCACAUCAUCCUUAUCAUCCUCAUCAUCCUCAUCAUCCUCAUCAUCCACAUCAUCCUCAUCAUCCUCAUCAUGGAUCCUCUCCCAUGUGAUUAUUCCUCCUCCUCCUCCUCCUCCUCCUCCUUGUCCUCCUCCUCCCAUUCUCCACCCACUCCUUAGAUCUGGAUGUAGUUCUGGUUCCGGUGUGAGGCGGGUCCACAGUGUGUUUUGGGAGAGGAUUCUUCAGGAACGUGUGGAGGGAAAACACAACAUCUGGACUGACUGUGACGAGGAGCUGCAGAUAGAUCUCAGUUGUCUGGACGAGCUCUUUGAACAACUGCAGGUCAAACUGCUGAGGGUCAGAGGUCACUGCAACAGAGAUAAACAUGCUAGCAAAAGCAUGUCUCAGCACAGCAGUCUGGAGAAGGUUUGUAUUCUGGGGCAAAGGAGAAGACUGAAAAUUGGGAUUUUCAUGCAUCAUGUUAAAAGUAAUCUUGGAGAGAUCAUCACUGACAUCAGAAAGGGGUGUGGCCAACAUUACAGUGCUGAGAUACUCAACCAACUCUACAAACUGUUACCUGAUUCUGACGAGGGAACAUGUGUAGGUGAAGCUGCUGGGUUUAGAAACUCAUCGUUGUUGCAGUCGGCUGAUACGAAAUCAAAUCAGGGGAUGACCCUCCUGCACUACGUUGCUAUGGAAGCUGUGAAAAAAUCCAUCAAUUUGCUCUUUCCAGCACAAACUGAAACAUGUGGAACCAGCAGCCAGAUUAUCGGUUGACAUGCUGCAGCAGGAUUUCAGUGAUUUGCAAAUGAGAGUCGCCGCCCUACUGGAGGGAACAGACACUGAAUUACACACACACAUCACACCCUACUUACAGGCAUACAUGCACACACACACUGUCUUAUAUAUAUUUUGAGUAUACUGAUUGUGUGUGUGUGUGUGUGUGUUUGAGCAAGAUGCUAAGCUAACAUUAGCAGAGGUGCAGGAGGAGGUGGAGUGUGUGUUGGAGGCUCAGCGCUCGUUACAGGAGUUUCUGUGUGAAGAUGACGACAGCUUCAGACUGGAGGAAGUGUGUACAACAUUCACCCAGUUCACACAGCACAGCAAACUAUUGGCUUCUAAAUGGAGAAAGUACAGCGAGAAAGAAACGCAGACCAAGAUGAGUUUAUCCUUCACCUCAUUUUUCCAACUUAUCUGUUUCUUCCAACAUGACGAGCACGGAAACCAACCUGGAAG